GUGAACGGUUUCACUUGUUGUUCAGUAAAUAAAUAAAUAACAGUUUUGAGCUAAAUCGGAUAAAGUGAUCGGUUAUACUUUAAUUUUGAUUGAUUGACACUUAUUUGCCUGUGGUGAUUCUAUGUCCUCACGAUGAUGCAUACCGUGCUUGUACUAUUGAUGACGUUGACCGCGGCCCUCGCUCUUCCUGCUUUUGACGGUGCCUCCACAGGUCUAUCUGACGAAGAUUUUUACACUCUCCAAGCAGAUAGAAGAGAGUUGCCUGAGCAAAUAAUCCUGCCCCAGAAAAGAGCGGCCUUGGUGCUCGACCGUCUUCUGAUCGCGUUACAGAAAGCACUGCACGAGGAAAACGGCAACCAGCGCAUAGACUCUGAUCGCGAUGGACCAAGGACGGCGCCUUUGCGUUUAGCUAACAUCGAAACUAGUGAUAUGACAGGUCUCCAAAGACGCGGUCAAGGUUCGGGCAGAGGUCGCGUGCUCCGAUGCUACUUCAAUGCUGUGACGUGCUUCUAACAUAUCUCAUUACCACUAAUUGAAAAUUGUUUAAUAUAUC